GUUACCUACUUUAGUUUUAAACAUAAAAAAAUAAAAAUAAAUGUUGAUUUUUUAACAUUGCAAUUGGUAAUACCCCCGUAUAUUAUGUAUACAACCGGGUAAUCUUUUUCGUAUGUCUCGCAACUCGAAUGAAUAACGCUUCUAGACCAUGAGAAUAAAACAAUUCACUUUCACUUAAAACACUUUCUUGGUGGCCACCAUUUGAUCAUGAUGUACAAAUAUCAGUAUAGCAUCGUCGUCUUUGCAGUUUUAGUCGCAAUUAUAUUUGCCGCAGAAGAAAAAUCUUCAACGGAACGAUCGUCAGUAUCCGAUGAUGCAAUAGAUGCCACAUUGAAAGAUAAAAGGUAUCUAAUGAGGCAGUUAAAAUGUGCUUUAGGAGAAGGUCCAUGUGAUCCAGUUGGUCGCAGACUCAAAAGUUUGGCACCAUUGGUACUUCAGGGAUCUUGUUCCCAGUGCACCCCACAAGAACAAAGACAAAUUAGAAAAGUUUUAGGAUAUAUGCAAGUUAACUUUCCCAAGGAAUGGAACAGGAUUUUGAAAGAAUAUUCUGGAUGAAUGAAGAUCUAGGCAGA